AUGAGCUCCUCUCGGGCACCCAGGAUGGGGUGUGUGGGCGGGCACGGGCUGAUGGCAUUGUUGCUGGCCAGUCUCAUUCUACCAGGAACCUUGGCGAAGAGCAUCGGGACGCUCUCAGACCCCUGUAAGGACCCCACGAGGAUCACCUCUCCCAACAACCCUUGUCUCAUUGGAAAGGCUGGCUCCAGCAGCCUCAGCAGCCACGGUGGAUCCAGCAGUUCCCAGGGAGCUUCUUCAGGAUCUCUGAUCUUUAAACCAGGAACAGGGUAUUCCCAGAACCCCUAUUCUUCUGGGUCUGGCUCCUUCCAGUCUGGAAGCAGCGGAUCUCAGCAAGGAAGCAGCGGAUCUCAGCAAGGAAGCAGCGGAUCUCAGCAAGGAGGCAGCAGCUCCCACUCCAGUGGCUCCCACUCAGGAAGCAGUGGCUCCCACUCGGGAAGCAGCAGCUAUCAGACAGGAGGCAGCCAUUACCAGACAGGAAGCAGCAGAAAUGGCUCUGCUCUGCCAACCGAUGACAACUCUUCCCGCCAGACCUCAGGCACCUUCCAGUCGGGAGGCUCCUACACUUCCCACAGCUCCGUGGUGUCUAGCAGUAUCUCCAACCAGCGGCCCUGUAGCUCCAACGUGCCCGACUCUCCCUGCAGUGGGGGUCCCGUCGUCACACACUCCGGGCCUUACAUCUCCAGCUCUCACACCGUCUCGGGCGGGCAGAGGCCUGUAGUGGUAGUGGUGGAGCAACACGGCUCUGGUGGCCCUGGAGGGUUUCAAGGCAUGCCCUGUAGCAACGGCGGCCCCUCGGGCAAGCCCUGUCCUCCCAUCACCUCUGUGCAGAAACCCUACGGCGGCUACGAGGUGGUGGGUGGCUCUGCCAACAGUUAUCUGGCCCCAGGCAUGACCUACAGUGGGGGUAAAAUUUACCCCGUGGGCUACUUCACCAAGGACAACCCUGUCAAGGGCUCGCCAGGGGCCCCCUCCUUUGCGGCUGGGCCCCCAGUCUCGGAGGGCAAGUACUUCUCCGGCAAUCCCAUCAUCCCCAGCUACAGCUCUUCCAGUUCCAAUGCCUACCCAGCCUCGGGCAUCGUGUUCCAGCCCGUGGGCAGUGGCGGGGUCCAGCCCUGUGGUGUCGGUUCUAAGGGGCCUUGCUCCGGUUCGAGAAUUCAGAUCACUUCCAGCAGCUCCUCUACCUCCUUCCAGCCCUGCGGCAGCGGUGCUUCCCAGGGGCCCUGCUCCCCACCAGGCACCGGCUCCAUCGGUGGGGGAAGCUCCUCCCUCUCCACCGGCAAAAUUGUCCUCCAGCCCUGCGGCAGCAAGUCUAGCUCUCCCGGCUACCCCUGCCUUUCCGUUUCCUCCUCCACACUGAACGGAGGUCUGAAUGGCUCUCCUCAGUCUGUCCCCACCGUGGUAGUCAAGCCUUGUGGUCUCAACAGCCCUGGAAAGGUGCCCUGCCGUUCCAUCCGGGACAUUCUGGCUCAAGUGAAGCCUCUGGGGCCCCAGUUGGCAGAUCCGGAAGUUUUCCUGCCACAGGGAGAGCCACUUGACAAGCCUUAA